AUGGCUCUUCCUCGUCAAGAUAUCGAAUUUCGUGCCUGCGAUGGGACAACUUUACGUGGCUGGCAUUACCCAACCAGGGUCAAAAGCCCCUGUAUUAUAAUGACACAUGGGCUUGCUGGGAUCCGUCAUUUCUUACUUCCUCCUUUCGCUGCUCGAUUCCAUGAAGCCGGCUUUGCGGUUCUAUUGUACGACAACCGAAACUGGGGCGACAGCGACGGCGAGCCUCGACAGGAAUCGAAUCCUGCACUUCAGCAAACAGAUCUCUACGAUGCAUUCAACUAUGCCGUCAAUCUCCCCGGUGUAGAUCCAGAGCGGAUUGCGUACUGGGGUACAAGCUUCUCGGGUGGCAAUACUAUUUAUGCCGCCGCUAUAGACAAGCGCAUCAAAGCCGCUGUGGUGCAGGCUCCGGCUGUGUCCGGGGAGGCGCGCUCCCUCGCCUUCAAGGACCGGAUUCCUGCCCUUUUCCAAGAUCGUGCGCAUGUUGUCGCUGGCGGAGAACGAGGAAGGGUGCCUUGUAUUGCCCAUAGUCAGGAAGAAGCAAAGUUAGGCUCUGCAUCUGUUCUAUUUCCUGAUCUUCAUGCCUAUGAGUCCUUUGACGGUGUUUACGAAUGUGGGGGCCGCUGGGAGAAUUGGGUCACCAAGCAAACACAACUUCACAUGCUAGAGUUUGAGGCACAAGCAAUGAUCCAUCGCGUAUCGCCCACGCCACUGCUUAUGGUAAUUCCAGGAAAUGAUUUUACUGUACGAACAUCGUCCCAACUACAGGCAUUUGGCAAGGCUAGGGAACCAAAGCAAAUGCUGUUUCUCGACGGUGCUGGUCAUUUUGAUAUUUAUCGCGGGGAUUACUUUGAAAAAAACAUUGCGGUUCAGAUUGAGUUUCUUCGGAAGUAUCUUCAUGACUCUCCUGCAGCGUGA